AGUCAAGAUAGCUCACAUCAGAGACAUCGAGAUUGAUGGGGAUGUUAUUGUGCUUGAGCAGAUAUAGAAGGUUGGAGCGGACAAUGUGAGCGGCGCCGGCGGCAGGAUGAGAAAGCGACGGCGCGGGCGUCCUGGCCGCGCUCGCCUUUACGCCUCUCCUCCGGCGAGGGGCAGCCGGCGAGGCCAUGUGCCGGAGGUUGGCCACGGCCGCGGCCGCGUCCCCACGGUGGGAGGUGGGGUGGGGACGCACCUCAACAACUGUCGUGGCAAAUUGCAGAAAACACCCUGCUCGGCGCUCGCAACCAAACCAGACACGCACCCUUGGCCGGCCCCACCCUGGCAGCGAGUCGUCGCCUUUUCCCCCCAAGCGAAACGGCGCGACCCCACCGGUGGGUUUAGUAGGGUUUGGACUCGCCGCUCGGCUCGGCUCGGCUCCGCUCCCAUGGAGGCGGCGGAAGAUGCCGGCGGCGCCCGCUCCACGGCCCGGAAGCUGGUGCCGUGGUCGAGCUGGGCGGAGUGGCGCCUCGUCCGCGACGCCAUCUUCUCCCCCUACCCUGACCCUGGCGCCGCUCUUCGCAGGAUAGCGGCGUGGCGGAGCAGGGGAUGCCUCCCCAUCCCCGUGGAGGUCACCGCGGCCCUCUUCGAGAUAAGGCUGCGGGAUCCCUUCUUCCGGAAUGGAGUGGCUUCGGAUGAUAAGCUGGAGUCAGACGAGAUGCUCGCCUUGCUGUACAGCAUGGCAAUCAUCAGGCUUGUAAAUGGUUUUAUGGAGAGCCCGCACAAGGAAACUGGUCGUUCAAUAUCUGAUUUAGCUGAGACUGUUGGAGUACCACGAAUUCUCGUUGACAUUCGUCAUGAAAGUUCACAUCGCGGCAUCCCCUCUCUGCGACUGCUACAUUUGGCAGCCAUUAAGGCAUUUGAUUGGUUGAAGUGUAAUUACUGGGAUUCCCAGACUAGUGCAAUUCCUGAUGUUCGACUAGAACUAAGCUCAGUAUUGCAUGAUAUUGCUCAAUUCCUGAAGGGAAAAGAUUCUGAAAAUGCAAAAUCAGGUUCCAAAAGGAAACGUUCCCAAAAACAUAUUUUAAAUGCCAUAAAAUAUGUACGUCGACUUUACUACACAUGUCCCUCUGAGGCUAUCUCUGUUCUUUUGGAGUUCUUUCAGCUCGAUGCCCCAGAAAUCUCUGACAGCGAUGUACAUCAAGCUGAUAGUUUGGAUGGAAAUCCCUCAUCUGAUGUUCAAAGUCAGAAUCAAAUAUCAAAUGGAGAUAUGAAAACCAUAAUAACAAAACUAUCAGAAAAAGAACCAAGAGUGCUUCUUGGCUUACUAAAGUCAAUAAUUGAAAUGAUUGAGGCCAGGAAUGACCUUGAACACAAAGGUGGAUCAUAUGCAUGCCUGCCAGCUGAGUCACCAACAAUGAAAAGCUUGUGCUCCCUCGUUCUAUGGAUUGUCGCAAGCAUAAAAGAGUUAAAGGAUUCCGGCCGUAUUGGACUUGUCCACGAGAUAGGAGUACUCUCUUCAGACAAGAACGCUGUCCCUCGUUUCUGUCUCGCAAAACUUCUGCAGAAGUUCUUGACUUUGCCCGUUAUAGGUGAAAGAUGCAUUGCAGAUGCAGCACUAUUGCUGAUUGAGAUGGCCAGCAAUAAUAACGUGAAGGAGAAACUGAGGAAGCUUCCUUUGUUGUCCCUGCGAAGGUCACCCAAAGAUUGUACCCUCAUUGAAUCCAGAAUCUUGUCCAAUGGACAAGAAUCGGUUGAAAGCGCAACACAGAAGCUGGAAGCGUUCAAGUUGCAGCUGAGGAAACCAGAUAAUGCGAGUAUAGCUGAAAACGGCACCGAGGGUACUUUCAACACAAGCGUGCCAGAGAAACGUAAUAGGUGGUCUGUAGCGAAGUCCUGGACCCCCUGUCCGUUAGGCAUGAUACCUUGUUCAUAUAGUUCAACUGCUGUUCUUCCUGUCCUUGAUAUCAUUGAUGAUGAACUGGAGCAUGACACAGCUGAACAUGGAAAUUUUGAGGAUGAUGGUCAGAUUGAAAUUGCUGACCCCGAGAAGCAGUUGGAUGAUGAAGGCUUUCUAGAAAUAUCAAGAUCGCCACCUGAACAUGGGAUUUCUGUUAUGCCAGAACUGAUCCAUGGUCUCAAGGGUACAUUACUGGUUGGUGGCGUGUGGAAAAAGGUGACUGAAGAAGAGUUGCUCUCCAUAAAGUCAAGCAUGAAAAUUUUGUUGUGAUAUUGGCUAGUUAUUCUCGCCCCUCUGCAGUAAAAUAUUUUUCUUCUGUAAUCGAUCGAAUGGUAGCUUUUUCUUGGGGUAUAAGAAAACCCUCUUUAAUCA